CAAGUUUUGAGCAGUUCUCAUUCAAACAGCUGCCUUCACCAAGAGGUAAUUAUAUUAAUAAGGGCUUCCCUGGGGAAGAAUCUGUGUGACAUCAGAGGACAGGGCUGGGGUAGGAUCUGUGUAACGUGAGGAGCCAGCUAGAGCCGUCGUAGAGAGUAGCACUAGGGAAGUGGCGGCAGUUAAUCUGGGACGUUUAUGGAGCAGGAGGGCAGGAGAUGGUUCAGAAGAAUUGCCAUGGGCUUCCAGUAAGGUUGACUUAAUGUUGGCCAGACUGACUAUUGAGAGAGAUGACCUCAAUAGCUGAUACCCUGCUGGACCCAUCCAAGUCUGCUUUCCUGGAGUUCAGCCAUGGACCCGCAUCUUCUCCUCAUUCUCAACACUCUCCAGCCUUGGCCCAUGGACAUUACCCACUGCAUGGCUUUCUUCCAAGUGCUCAUGAAGGUCUCUUCUCUCCCGGAGCCCACAGUUUCGGAGGUAGGACUUUGGCGUACCCUUAUGCCACUUCCAGCCAUCACCAUCAACAGCAGCAACACCACCAUAAUGGCAGUUCCUACCUGAAUUACCAGCAGUACUCCAGCACCAUUGGCCCUAGUGCCCGGCUCCAUGAAGACCAAGAGAUGGAGAAAUCUACUGUCAUAGAAAAUGGGGAGAUUCGAAUCAAUGGCAAAGGCAAGAAAAUUCGCAAACCGCGGACAAUAUACUCCAGUCUACAGCUGCAGGCGCUAAAUCAGAGGUUCCAGCAGACGCAGUAUUUGGCCCUUCCUGAGAGAGCAGAGUUGGCGGCCCAGCUUGGACUGACACAGACACAGGUGAAAAUCUGGUUUCAGAACAAGCGGUCCAAAUACAAGAAGAUAACAAAACACGACUCCAAUGUGCAGGAUGAAGACCAGCCAACCAGUUCAUCUUCAUUGACUCCCUGUUCCCCAAACAUGCCCCCUCUAUGGGAUAUUCCCUCAACUGGAAAAUCUGCCCCACUUUCCUGUAACUACUUGAACAGUUUUAGUCCUUGGUAUCAACCUCAUGACCCAAUGUCAAGGCAAUCAAUGAUGUGAUGAUGUUUCUAGAAAUGGAGAUGUGUGACGUCCAGCAAGACGUCCAGCAAGGGCCAUGUAGACUGAGUAUUUACGUCUCCCAUGGAGAAGUGCAUUCUAACUUAUCACUUGCUUUAAUGCGUUGGAUCACUUGCAAAGACUUUCUUCUGUUUGAAGGAAGGAACUCUCCAAGUGUGCAAAUGAAACACUAUUAUUAUAAGCAUCUCAGUAUGCAGAUGUAUAGGGCUAUGGUUAUCGAGAAAUAACUCUGUAAACAAUCCACUUCUCAUAACCAAAACCGUAGAGAGUGCCUUAAUUUAAUUUUUUUCUUCCUUUAUUUUUAAUAGCUGUAAUUCCCAAUGGAAGAAGUCAAUCCAUUACAAACACUUUUUUUCAUGAUAUGUUUAAUGAAUUGCAGACUAUUAUAUUAUUUUAAACUCUAAUAUAGGCCUCUUCCUUUUUUAUGUCAAAAGUAGGGAUGUAGCGAACGUCGGAAAAAAAGUUCGCGAACAUAUUCGCGAACUUGCGCAAAAACGCGA